AUGCCACCUAGACGUAGUCAUCUGUUUAAACAAAAAAGACAACCUAUCAGGCAACUCUUCACUAAACAUAGACCAGAAGUAAAGAUUAUAUAUCAUCAAAUACUAUUUGGAAGCUUAACUCAUAUUUCUGAAAAUGAGGAAACUCAAAUUAAUAAAAAUCCUUCACACAAUGCUAUUAUAAUCGACCUACCUCCUUUGCAUAAUGAUUUACCAUCUUCACCUCCUUUGCACGAAGAUUUUUCACUGCACGAUGUAAUUAUAAUCGACUUAAUUGAUGAUUCGCCUCUUUCACCUUUUUCGCAUGAAGAUUCUCCUCCUUUGCAUGAUGAUUCUCCUCCUUUGCAUGAUGACUCACCUCUUUCACCUUAA